UUGCUUGGCCUCUCUGUUGAUACACUUGAUGUUUAGAAUUUUAGAUAGAUUGAGAUAGAGAUAGAGAUAGAGAUAGAGAAAGAAGAAAGGAUUUAGAGAAUUCAUAGAGUGAGCGGCAAUGGCGGAGGCGAGAGAAGAGGCGUAGUAGGUGCCUGCCAAAAUUCUACAUCAUGUUGAUCACAUUGACCGUAUAGAGCUGCGUGCAUGCUCUGUGUUUCUAUCUCAUUUAGAUCCAAAAUACUCGGAGUGAAACUACAAAAGAGAGUUUGGAGGUUGUUGGGAUGGUUUUUUUAAGGUCAGGAGUCAUUGAAAAGAUUGAACUUUUUUGGGUGAGGAUUCAACCCCAUGCUGCCACCUCUGAAGAGAAUUCAGAGGUGGCUCUUUGAGUGAGUGAUCUCCAAUUGUUAGAUUCCAAGGUGGGAUGUCCUUUUUUGGAAUUUUUUUAAGAGGUAGAGAGAAAAAGAAAGACAGAGUGAGAGAAGAGAUAAGAAAGGUGAGAUUUUAGUAAGUUUAAUCAGUUGGGCAUUGGUUGUCAGCCUUGGAAUUGAUGCAAAGAUUGGAUUUUGGUGAAAGGAUUGCUUUCUGCUUGUGAAAUUGGUUUCAAUGAAUGAAGAAGCUAUUCUUACUUUUUAACCUUUGCUUUCAGAGGAACUCCAGCUUGUGAAGAAGGUAUCUGGGAAGGCUUUGGGGGGGUAGCUAUAAAGUGCAGCAGCUCAGAAGCUUCCUUCUUGUAUUAGUUUUCAAUUUUGGUAUCUUUUGGUUUGGCUUCCUUUUCAGCUCAAGCAAGGCAUGAUGACCUUUCUUCUCUCCAUAUGACAUUUUCCUUAUCCUCUCUUGAGUUGUUGUUAGCUGUGAAUUGCUUUGAUUGGGAUUGAGAUAUGGCAGGAGGGAAGAGAAGGAAGAACUUGUUGAGAAAAUUUUAUAGUUUUUCCUGUUGUAAAGCGUCCUUUCAGGAAGAACAUUCACAGAUUGGAGGCCCAGGCUUCUCCAGAAUAGUAUUUGCUAAUGAUCCUGAUUGCUUUGAGGCUACCAAUUUGUAUUAUCCUUCCAACUAUGUCUCUACUACCAAGUAUGCAUUGGCUACAUUUAUUCCCAAGGCUUUGUUUGAGCAGUUCAGAAGGGUUGCCAAUAUCUACUUUUUGGUCACUAGUUGCCUCUCCUUCACCCCUUUGGCUCCAUACACUGCUUUCAGUGCCGUUCUCCCCCUUAUCAUUGUUAUUGGGGUGACGAUGACGAAGGAGGCUAUUGAAGAUUUUCGGCGAUACAGACAGGAUUAUGAAAUGAACAAUAGGAAAAUUAAAGUUCAUGUUCAUCAACGUGAUGGCACUUUUGAGUAUACUGAAUGGAAGAAUUUGAGAGUUGGAGAUGUAGUGAAGGUUGAAAAGGAUAACUUUUUUCCGGCUGAUCUCAUACUGCUUUCAUCUAGUUAUGAAGAUGCAAUCUGUUAUGUUGACACAAUGAAUCUGGAUGGAGAGACAAACUUGAAACUGAAACAGUCAUUGGAGGUAACUUCAGAUUUACAUAAUGACUCUAGUUUCCAACAUUUUGAAGCACUGAUUAAAUGUGAAGACCCGAAUGCACAUCUCUUUACUUUUGUUGGAACCUUAGAGUAUCAGUCUCGGCAACACCCACUGUCACCUCAACAACUUCUCCUAAGGGACUCAAAACUGCGCAACACUGACUACAUUUAUGGUGUCGUCAUCUUCACCGGUCAUGAUACGAAAGUAAUGCAGAAUGCCACAAAGCCACCUUCAAAGAGGAGCAAAAUUGAGAGGAAAAUGGAUAAAAUUAUCUCUCUCUUGUUAUCUGCAUUGGUUUUGAUCUCACUUAUCGGUUCAAUUUUCUUUGCAAUCACAACAAGUAAUGAUAUCAAAGAUGGCAAGAUUAAAAGAUGGUAUCUUAGGCCUGAUGAUACCAGCAUUUAUUUUGAUCCUAAAGAAGAUGUUAUUGCGGCAAUGUUUCACCUUUUAACGGCCAUGAUGCUGUAUGGUUACUUCAUCCCCAUCUCUUUGUAUGUUUCUAUAGAGAUGGUCAAAGUCCUGCAAGUAAUUUUCAUCAAUCAAGACCGUGAAAUGUAUUAUGAGGAGUCAGAUAAACCGGCUCAUGCUCGAACAUCAAACUUGAAUGAAGAAUUAGGCCAGGUUGACACAAUUCUCUCCGACAAGACUGGAACACUAACCUGCAACUCAAUGGAGUUCAUUAAAUGCUCUAUAGCUGGGACUGCUUAUGGUCAAAGAGUAAGCCAGGUUGAGAAAACAAUGACUAGAAGAAAAGAUAAUGUGCAUCAAGAUAAUCCUGUACAAGCCAAACCUGCUAUAAAAGGGUUCAAUUUCGAAGAUGGCCGGAUCAUGAAUGGAAAUUGGUUGAAUGAGCCUCGCUCAGACGUCAUUCAGAAGUUCUUUCAGUUAUUAGCAAUCUGCCAUACUGUCAUACCUGAAGUUGAGGAAGAGUCUGGGAAGAUAUCAUAUCAAGCUGAAUCACCUGAUGAGGCUGCAUUUGUUAUCGCUGCAAGGGAAAUUGGGUUCGAGUUUUACAAGAGAACACAGACUAGCAUCUCUCUGCAUGAACUGGAUCCUGUGUCUAGAAAGACAGUUGAAAGUUCGUAUAGGCUAUUGAAUAUUUUAGAGUUCAGUAGCUCUAGGAAGCGGAUGUCGGUUAUUGUUAGGAAUGAGGAGGGGGAGCUGUUGCUGCUCAGCAAAGGUGCUGACAGUGUCAUGUUUGAGAGACUCGGGGAAAAUGGAAGGGAAUUUGAAGACAAGACAAGGGCACACACCAAUAAUUAUGCUGAUGAGGGAUUGAGAAUCUUGAUUCUGGCAUAUCGAAAGCUUGAUGAGGCUGAAUAUGAGACAUUCAACAGAAAGUUCACUGAGGCGAAGAAUUCAGUCAGUGCCGAUCGGGAAGAGAAGAUGGAUGAAGCUGCUGAGAUGAUAGAAAGAGAGUUGAUUCUUCUUGGUGCCACAGCAGUUGAGGACAAACUGCAGGAUGGGGUCCCUGAAUGCAUCGACAGGCUGGCAGAAGCAGGGAUUAAAAUAUGGGUAUUAACAGGCGAUAAAAUGGAGACUGCUAUCAAUAUUGGCUUUGCUUGCAGUCUAUUAAGACAAGGAAUGAAGCAGAUACUUAUCACUUUGGAAGCACGAGAAAUUAAACAAUUGGAGAAAAAGGGCGACAAAGAGUCCAUUGCUAAUGCAUCAAGAGAAAGUGUUGUCCAUCAAAUAAAAGAAGGGAAUUCGCAGAGAAAUUCAUCGAGUGAGGAGACCUUCGCUCUUAUUAUAGAUGGAAAGUCACUUAACUAUGCUUUAGAGGACAAUGUCAAGAGUAUGUUCCUACAGCUAGCAGUAAACUGUGCGUCGGUCAUUUGCUGCCGUUCAUCACCAAAACAAAAGGCUCUUGUAACAAGACUAGUUAAAAACGGCACUCGAAAAGUAACUUUAGCCAUUGGAGAUGGAGCUAAUGAUGUGGGCAUGAUUCAAGAAGCAGAUAUAGGGAUUGGUAUCAGUGGUGUUGAAGGCAUGCAGGCUGCCAUGUCUAGUGACAUUGCCAUAGCUCAGUUUCGGUUUCUUGAGCGCUUGUUACUUGUACACGGACAUUGGUGUUACAGAAGAAUCUCAUCAAUGAUAUGCUACUUCUUCUACAAGAACAUCACAUUCGGAGUUACCCUUUUUGUGUAUGAAGCAUAUGCAUCAUUCUCCGGUACUCCAGCAUAUAACGAUUGGUUCAUGUCGUUGUAUAAUGUCUUCUUCACGUCACUCCCGGUCAUUGCUUUAGGAGUUUUUGAUCAGGAUGUUUCGGCACGCUUUUGUCUGAAGUACCCACUUCUAUACCAGGAAGGUGUGCAAAAUGUCCUCUUCAGUUGGACACAAAUCAUAGGAUGGAUGGUCAACGGCAUCUGCAACGCGAUAACCAUCUUCUUCCUCUGCACCAUUGCGCUACAACAUCAAGCCUUCCGAAAAGGAGGCGAGGUAGUAGACCGUGAGAUCCUGGGUGCUACCUUAUAUACCUGCAUUGUAUGGGUGGUGAACUGCCAGAUGGCUCUCUCUGUCAGCUACUUCACUCUAUUUCAACACAUUUUCAUCUGGGGAGGAAUAGCCUUGUGGUAUAUCUUCCUACUGGUUUAUGGUGCCAUGACUCCUAAAGUAUCAGCAACUGCAUUCAUGGUUUUCAUUGAGGAUCUGGCAAAUGCUCCUUCCUAUUGGAUAGUAACACUCUUUGUAGUGAUCUCUACUCUCAUUCCUUACAUUACGUUUACUGCUGUACGUGUGAGGUUCUUCCCAAUGUACCAUGAAAGGAUACAAUGGAUUCGGUUCAAUGACCGUGCGGCGGAAUCUGAGUAUUCCUGUGAGGUGCGCCAGCGGUCUGAGAGGCUGAUUAUGGCCGGAGUAUCGGCUAGAUUGGAAGCAAAAAUUAGUCAGAUCAGAAGUAGAGUACAUCAUGCGGUUCAGACAUUGUAGCUGUAACUAGUUAAGUAUAGCUUCUUGUACAGUUAAAUGGGUUGAAGUUCGGCGUUAGGGAAAUCUUGUUGUAUCACUGGGGUGAGUAUGGAGGGAAAAGAUGCACAAAGGAAAGAUAUAGAAAAGAUGUAAAUAUUUUUCCACUUUAUUUG